AUGUCCACUGCUCAGUCUAGCUCUCCUACAGGAGACAUCCAGCACCUUUUCCCUUCGCCCACAUACUCCGACUCGGCUCUGUCCUCGUCGUCUUCGUUGCUGUAUACCCCAGAUAACGACAUGGCCAACAACAAGCAGGAGGUCAGCGAUCGACUUCACCUUCACCAAGCCUCCAUCAGUGCUGCCAACGCCGCGUUUGCCACUGUUACUAAACGCCAGGGAUCGAGCAUGACCGGUGAUGCUUCUAACGACAACGCCCACGUGUUCGCCCACAGUGCUCCCGGCAUAGCUGACGCAGACAUGAGCGGUGAUGCACAGUCGCUCGCAGCCGCGCUCGAUUUUGACCGCAUGAAUGCAGACAUGCAGCUGGCCUUCGGCAAUCUCGAUGACACUUCCCUUUCGGCCAAACGCCCCACAACUCUGCAGUCUGUAGGCAUCGGUGCAUUGGGGUCAUCGAUGCUGCACGUCCGUGCUGAGUCCAACUCGGGCCGUCGUCAUAGUAUUCAGCCGUUGAUGCCCUCGACCGACUCGAGCUCGUCGUUGACCGACUAUGCCAGCCUGGUGGGCCCCAACGCUGGGGCGAGAAGCAUGAGCAUCUCAUUUGACGCCUACGAUCCCUUUUCGUACAACGCCGUUGCCUCUGCCAACAACGUGUCGGGCGACAUCAGUGCCAGUGCGCACGACGUGUCAGGAACCGGCUUCCUCAUGUCGCCGCCACGUCUCACGGUGAGCAUGUCGUCGAGCAAUAGCCCUACUCCGACUCCCCAUGGUGGCAUUGCAGAAGAUGCCAAGCGACGUCGCACAUCGCAGGUGGACGCUACGCCCGAACGCAGCGCCGAGCACAUGAUGCACCAGCAGCGAUUCCUGCCUCAACAGACCCCGCCCAAUAUGUACGCAUACCAGCAACAUCCACAAUUCUCCGUGGGGUCGAGCGUAGGCGCAGGGCUUGAGACCCCGACAUCGGUGCAAUCGAGCGCCUCUCCUUUCCGAGUUCGGCGUCUUUCGCUCACCGCCAUGGACCGCGCAGCGCACAUCGCCAAUCUCACCGCGAAUCUGUCGCUGCCGGCGUUUGGCGGCGAGCACCAGCCGCCGCCCAAGAGUGCCCCGCCACGUGCUGCAUCGGAUGCCAUGCAGAGGGCGCAGUCGCAGGCAUCCUUCAGCAGCAGGGUAGCGGACAACAAGUCGAUCCAACAGACCAAGUCGGCCAACUCCAAUGGCAACGCUAUGGCUGGCGGCAAUACCACUCCGAACAGCAACGCCAACGGCAAGAAUCAGGACGUCUGGCCCGAUGACGUCGAGGUCGCCUUUUGGGAAGCCCUUCGCCUCAUUCCUAAACUUGGUCGCCGAAAGGUGUUGGUGCACGGCAAGCCCUGUGGCCGCAACGAGCUCAUCGCCGACUACAUUGAGCGAAAGACCAAUAAGGUGCGCACUCGCAAGCAGGUCUCGAGCCACAUCCAGGUGCUCAAGAACAUUCGCAAAGGCGAUCCCGAAUUCCAGCAGCUCAUUGCCGAGCCCACCACCGAGGAGGACUUCUACAUCCCCGCUGGCGGCAUGAUGUAUGCACAGACGCUUGCCGGCUAUGGCUACGGCGGUCUUGGUGGAGCCUACCCGCUUCUUUCGAUGGACAGCGGCAACGGUGGCAGCGGUGGUCUGCUUUCGCCUUAUACCCCCGGUCUCAGCGGCGGCCAGGGCCUCGCCAGCCCUCUUUCGCCUGGUGCACCUCCGCUGUCCGCCACACACUCGAUCACCUCGGGCCUCAACGAUCUUCACCUUCCUCACACGGGUGUCAAGAACAAUAGCCCCAACACUCCUUGCCCUAUUCUCCCCGCCAGCUUCUCCAUGUGGGUGCACUGCUCUUCGGGCGACGAGAAACACGUCUAUACCAACCUCGACCGCAACUCGAUGACCACGUACGCCAACAAUCAGUCUUACCUUCCUCAGAUGACGCUCGACUCGGUGCGCGUGGGCCACUUCCGCUUCCCUCGCCUCGCCGAGAUGUAUCACCGCAUGCCGUGCCAAUUCCUCCACGUCCACGUGCCGCUGUCCAUCCCCCGUCACGACGUCAUGAUGCCUCGCUACGACCACUUUAGCACACAGCUCUCGUUGACAUCAGCGCAGGACCUCCGACUCACCUCUGUCACCACGGUCUACUCGCAUGGGAAGCGUGUCCUGUCACUCGUGGAGCCGCUGGAGGCACCUCGAAAGAUCUCGGGCAGGAAUGGCGUCGACGUCAGCUCCACCACCACGGCCGGCGGCGCCUCGGUCACGGACAGCAGCGCGUCGGCCCAGACCGCCGACCAGACUGCUUCGUCGCAGGACGACCCAACCACUUCUACCCCAGUCAAGAACAAAGGCAGCCAGCGCCGCGAGAGCGACGGCAGCAUUGCUUCCUUGAGCCCCAUCUCGGGCACCUCGAGCGGUCCCGCAUCGCCACACACGCCCCUGGACGCCAGCAGUCAGUCCAACAGCAAUCUGCGCCACCGAUGGUGCCACCAGGCUCCGUUCGCGACUGACUUCUGGGCCGACUUCCUCAGCCGCAACCACCCCGUCAACGUCUACGGCGGUCGUGAUGGCCUCCAGUCGUUCGGCAAGGAGCCAAGCGAGCGAGCCGCGCUUGGUAUGGCUGUUUCGGGCGUCACCAUCAUUCAGGAAUUGGUGGUGGCGACCGAAGCGGCUGCUGCUUCGGCUGCAACGGCCAGCCGCGACGGCGCUGCGCCUGCGCUGCUCAACGAUACUGGCUCGAGCUUGAGCCCCGGCAGCAAGGUGGGCGAUGUGGUGCUCGUCAUCGCCUGGGAUCUUGAGUGCGUUGAGGCACUCGGAACCAACCCUGGCACGCCCACCGUCUCGCUCCUCACUGCCGGUCCCAGUGCCUCGCCUUUGGGCCGGUCUGCGCCGCUCGCUUCUCCUUUGCACCAUGCUACCGCCGCAUUGCACAUGGGCGCGCACGGAUUGUCGCCGAUGACCGCCGCUUUCCCCAACAACGGUGUGCCCCAAAUGCACCCUGGCAUGGCUCAUCAGCAGCAAGCUCACUUUGCGCAUACCAACCCGCCCCCCUCGCUGAUCCAGACGCAUGCCUCGCCGCAGCCUGGUUUUGGGUUUAAGGCGGAGCCUCAGCAGACAUCGUUCAACGCCAACCUGCAGGCGCCUACCCUACUUCGCAAACGGGGACUGUCGAUGAGCAAGCCCAACCUAAUGGUCUCGAUCCCGCCCGCGCCUGCGUAUUUGAACCCUCAGCGGGCAGCGAACGGUGCCAUGCUGAGCCCGCACCCGCAACUGUCGCCGGCAGCCAGCCCAACGCCGGCUGCAUGGGGCAUGAUCCAGCAACGUGCGGUGCACACGCCCAUCACGCCGUUCCCACAGAUGGGUGUGGGAAUGUGCGAGCCUCCGCCGCUCAACACGGGUGACGACGCUCGGAUGCAAAAGGAGCGACUCGAGAGGCACUGGGCGAGCCAGACCAACCCACUCGGAGGCGCGCUGCCUUCGCCGCUGGACAUGAGCUUCAACCAGGGCGACGUGAAUGGCGUCUCGAUGAGCUCUGCGGGGAUGGCUGUUGCAGCUGCUGUGGCUGAAGGGCAAAGCGGCGAUUCUGCGCUUGGCCUGAUGGUGCCCGGCAGCCACAUGCCGUUGCUGUCGCCUGCUGGGUUUGACAUGGGCGGCAAGAUGGCCGGCGGAGGCGGGCUGCACACUAGUGGCCUGGACUCGGGCAACAACAGCUUUGAGCAUAUGCUCAACGAGAGCGGCGACCUCAGCAACGACGCGAGUACGCAGGAGUAUCUCAAUGGCCUCUUGGCGUCGAUUGGCGUCGAGGGUCAGGAGUUUGGCUCUGCGGUCUAA